GGAGCGGGUCCUGGCAGAGCCAGCUGAUCGCUGAGGCCGGCGGAGCUGUGAAGUCACUUGUUGCUGAGAAAACCGAUUCAUUCAGACUUCGCUCGUCUAUACCCUGGAGCGCACAUACAGCCGCGAUACUCAAUAAGGAAUUCCCAAGACGCACAGUUAAAGGAGCCUAAAGCAUCCGUUCUUCCGCCUGUUGGGUUACUGCGGGCGUACAAGGGUCUCUCUGACUGUUGUGUCAUCACAAAGUGUGUUUUGAUGUCCACGCCAGUCCGUCAGCCGUGGCUAUGUGCGCACGUCACGCUCGGCUUCCGGCUCCUCCUCCUGGCCUCCCUGCUGCACUCCUCCGCAGGUGUGCUGGGGAACUGCAGUCACCCGGUUGUACCGGAGCACGGGGGCUUCCGCUGCGAGUCGUCGCCGUGCCGAGGCUUCCCCCACAAGACGACCAUCCACUUCUUCUGUGGGCCGGGCUUCCACAUCCCCGGCAAGGUCCGCAGCGCCCGGUGCCGCACCAAAGGAUGGGUGCCCUCCAUACCCCCCUGUGUGCCUCUAAAAGACCGGUACAACAUGAAGCACGAUGACAAGAACAUCCACACUAUGCCCAGCAUUGCCACCACCGCCGUGGGCGUGUCCAUCUUCCUACUCACCACCACCGCCUGCAUGGUCAUCAGGUCCCGCCUCUACCCCUGUCACUCACACGGGCGUUCCUCAGACCAGAUGGACCUGAUGGUUGACGGUCUCCCCGUAACGCUCCCCUCCUACGAGGAAGCCGUCUACGGAAGCUGGGGUCAGCGUCUGCCCUCCUGUCCGGGUCCCGGCCCGACCCAGCUCCUAUUGGCCCAGGAGGUGCCCGACCCCCAUCAAUCAUCGCCCAACGACCAAUUGGAGGGCGGCGGCCGCCCCCGUCUGUCGAGUCAAAGCCCUGACAACCCCCCACCUCCUUACGAGGAAAUCCAGCGUCCACGCCCCCAGGAGGGCGUGAGUGGCGGACAGAUCCACCAAUCACAAGCCACGCUUUUGGACGACAAAGACCCUUAAAGGGAACCUCGACGCUGGAUGCGUCACAUUGUAUGGUAGCACGCAAACCACGCAUUGAGCAGGGAGGACGAUGGACGUGUGCUGACCACAUCGGGCCGGACGACGUGCUUGAUGAUACUGUGUCUACACAGUAGCCGGUAAAACAUGGCCGCCACAACAACACUGCAGCACUUUCUCUGGUCGGCCAGAGGGCGUCCAGCACUAUGGACCUAGCGUCCGAUCAGAUGGCAGAAUUAUUAUUAUUAUUAUUUUGUCCUAGAUAAGCUCUUGAUUGGCUGUUAAGUUGUAACUCUAAGUCGGGUCAGGCAGGUGCUCCCUGUGACCUUUGGAUCGACUUUUAAGUGUCCCACACACUUAAAUACUUCAAUGAUAUUGAUUGUAAUUAUUGAGCUAUUCUUUUAUUUUUGAGUGUGUGAAAGAUUUAAACUCAAAAAAAGACAACCUGACGUCUGAACGUAUAAUCUAGUGUUUGAGUGUGAGUGUAUUAGGACCUUUGUGAAUAUAGACUGGUCCAUUGCUUUUUUCAGCAGAUUGCUGGAGACGCUAGAAUUCCCAUCUGUGAUGGUUGGAGGCCUUGAGGGAACGUUUUCCUGUUUCCAAUACAAUGUCCCUCUGAAGAGAGACAUAAAAAGCAUAGCUCAAACCAGCUUCACAGGACAGGACUAGCUGCAAUAGUACAACAUACAAGGACUAAAAUUGAUUUACCUUCAUUUGGAUCAUCCAAUGAAACCAAAAUGCUGUAGCCCUAAUAAAGUGGUUAAUUGCUGGAAAUCACAACAAAGUUCAAUUGUUAUUCAUAUAUAUUUUUAUUAAAUCAAAGAAGGUAUACAAUAUUGAAUGGAAUCUGAAACCCAUACAGUAAUAGGCCUAACUUUACAAUGAUAGAGAACAAAUAUUUAUACUUAUUCAUUUAAAGUUCACCUUGAAUCAAUACCUUAUUAAGUGCUCAGAGCCGACAUGUUUGUAUUAUAAUAUUUUAUACAGUAGGCUACAUUAUGUAUGCAGGCGCUGACUGCAAGCGGUUAAAGUCCUUGACAUGCUUGCUGACGUCGCCAUUGCGGGAAAACCUGAAUGUAUAUUGUGGUUGAUUUGACAUAUAGAAAAAACAGCUAUAUAUAUAUUGUUUAACUGAUGGUGAAAUUUACUUCAUUCAAAUUUGUAUUGUUGCACAUCAUGUAAUUAUGUUAUAAAUAAAAGUUGGACCGUU